CUAGGAACCAGACACGCGAGAAACACCGGACCUGUUUAGUGUGACACACAGUGCUGGAGCCAUGUGCCACACGUCGUGUCGGGUCCACAGUUGAAUAGUUGUCUACAGGUGUUUGCUGUCAUUAUGAUCGUGGUUUGUUUUUGUAGUACAAAUCCACUGUGUCGCGUUUAGUGUGCCUUUGCUCCGCGUGUCGCUGAAUUAUGGGGAAAUCAAAGACCAAGAACCAGAAGAAAUCCCGAGUCGCAGCGAACCAUGUGGCCGAGCACACGUACGGAGCUGUGCCCCACUCCUUCGUCUUCCAUCGGGGUCAGGUCGGGAAAAACGUGGGUCAGCUCAUCCUGGACGUGCGGAAAGUCCUGGAGCCCUACACCGCCGAGUCUCUGAAGGUCAGGAAAAAGAACGUGCUGAAAGAUUUCGUGUCCAUCGCAGGACCCCUGGGAGUGACACACUUCAUGAUCUUUAGCAAGACCCCCAGCAGUAUCAACAUGAGACUUGCUCGACUUCCCAAAGGCCCCACGCUUCAUUUCAGAGUGCUCAAGUACUCUCUCAUCAAAGAUGUGAUUUCAACUCUGAAGAAGCACCGGAUGCACGAGCAGCAGUUCUCACAUCAUCCACUACUCAUCCUCAAUAACUUUGGAACUGAUGGCAUGCACAUUAAACUCAUGGCCACCAUGUUCCAAAACAUGUUUCCUUCCAUUAAUGUGCACAAGGUAAGCCUCAACAACAUAAAGAGGUGUGUGUUGCUGAAUUACAACCCGGAGACUCAGGAAAUAGAGUUUCGGCAUUACAGCCUGAAGGUCGUCCCUGUCGGCAUGAGUCGCGGAGUCAAGAAGCUGAUGCAGGAGAGGUUUCCCAACAUGAACAAGUUCGAGGACAUCAGUGAGCUGCUGAUGAAGGGGGCGAACCUUUCAGAAAGUGAAGCGGAACAAGACGGGGAUCACAACAUCACCGAGCUGCCGCAGGUCUACUCUGGAAGAGGCAACAUGCCAUCCCAACAGAGUGCUGUCCGUUUGACCGAGAUUGGUCCUCGCAUGACUCUGCAGCUGACGAAGAUCCAAGAAGGCAUGGGAGAAGGAAAUGUCCUCUAUCAUACCAUGAUCUCCAAAACAGAGGAGGAAAUACAGGAGAUCCUGAACAGGAAGGAGGCCCAGUUAAAGGAGAAGGCGGCUCGGAGGAAGAAGCAGGCGCAGAACGUUGCUCAGAAAAAAGAGAUGCGAGAAGAGAACAAGAAGAAGAGUCUGGAGGGCAUUAAGCGGAAACGCGAUGAGGAAGAAGACGAUAGUGAGGUGGAGGAUCCUGGGAGGCAGGACGGUCACACGGCUCCUCAUGUGUCAGACGACGAGGAGGAGUACUACAGACAGGCUGUCGGACAGGAGCCAGAUGAAGACAUGUUCCCAGUCAAAAAAAAGAGGCGGAGCUCAGAACAUGGACCUGACAGGCGGAGGACGCCGUUCGCUGGUAAAUCCGGGAGACAUGACGGACAAUCUAAAUCACCAAAGAGAGGGGGUCCAGAAGGCUCGCAAAGAGACAAAACGGGAAAAGGUUUUAAGAAAUUCGGGGACAGGGAGAAACCGUUUGGAAACAAAAUGAAGCCUGGAGGAAAGGCAUUCGGAGCUAAGAAAUUUGGUGACAGAGAAAGCAAAUUUGGUGACAGAGAAAGUAAAUUUGGUGGAAAGAAGAAAUUUGAAGGGAAAAAAACGUUUGGAAAGAAAAACAAGGACAGCUCGUUUAAAUCUAAAGGUCAGAAAAGCAAAGAUGGCUUCAAGAAGAAAGGUAUGGGAGCGAAGCAAGGAUUCAAACAGAGGAAGGGAAAAGGUCAACUUAAUAAACUUCAGCAUGAGAGCAAGAUGGCGCACAGUUUCGCCGUCUGUGAGAGGUUUCAAAUAAACCUGCUGCCCUGGAUGUACGGGGUUGAGUUCAUCGUGGCCCUGACAGGAAACCUCUUUGCCCUGUGGCUGCUGGUGGUCAGAGAGAGAAGGAACUGGCACACCGGCGUUGUCUUGUCUUGUAACCUGGCCAUCAGCGACCUGCUCUACAUCCUCACCCUGCCUCUGCUGAUUGUUUACUACUCACUGGAGAAACACUGGAUUUUUGGUGAAGCCGCAUGUAAGAUCGAGAGGUUCCUCUUCACCUGCAACCUCUAUGGGACCAUCUUCUUCAUCAUGGCAAUAAGUGUGAACCGCUGCGUUGCCCUCGUGUUUCCCUUCUUCACCCAUUCCUACGUGCUGCCUGCCCACGCCAAAGCCGUCAGUGUGGUCAUCUGGGUUGUCGUGGGAGCCAUUUCCUCCCCUGUGUGGAAAUUUGCCACCGUUAGCCGAAAUGAGCACAACAACCACAAUAAGUCUCUGUGUGUGUCCUAUGCUCGUCAGAAUCGUGCAGAUGAAAUCUCUCACUUCACGUACAAAGUAUUUCUGGCUGUGUUUGGGUGCCUCGUUCCAUUUAUAGUGACUUUCACUUCUUACUGUGUGGUGAUUUCGGUGGUGUGGAAAAAUGUCAGUAUAACAACACUGGAGAAACGCAAGGUCGCUCUGUUGGUCGGAUCGGUGGUUGUGCUGUAUGCUGUUUCCUUUGUGCCGUACCACUUCUUUCAGACCUACAACCUGUAUAUGAGAAAGAAGGAUCACACCAACACUGUGUGCUGGGUUUACGAGAUGUACCAAGUGUCCAAGGGCCUGGCAAGCCUGAACAUGUGUCUGCACCCAGUCCUUUACAUGGCUUUGUUUGACAGUAUGAGAGUAGCGUGUUGUGGGAAGAGCUCAGAGGACAACUUCCGCGCAGUGGCCAGAGAGUAAAGCUGCUGCCUGACGGCUUUUCUGCGAUGCA